CAUGCAGUACUUUAUAGUGCGCUUGCGACAGAUGUGGCUAUGAGCGCUUCGAAAAGUAUUGAUAGAAGUAUAGUAGAAAUUUCCUGGAUGAUCAGUGCAUCCCGUAACGCAUCCUGCAUAUCCCAAGGGUCAUGACAGGCUCGCCAGCUGCUAGCACCGUUACAGAUUUGACCCCAUGGGUGAUACCAUCCUUUAUCAAUGGCUGCGUCUGCCCAAUCGAUGACCAUGUGUGGACUUAUGGUGCGCUGGACACUGGUGUCGAUGCUCCGCCCACGUUGUACCGCCGCGGACCGGCCAAGCAGCGCGUCAACGGACUGGCACUGAACCUGGACGCUGGCUUUACACACGGGCUCAAAACCCGGCCGGCCAAGGGUCCAAAGAGUUUUCCGCAGCGCUACCAGUUGGCACCGUUGCGACAAUGGUGUCAGGAGCACCCGGACAUCUUUAGAGAUCCUGCUUGUAGACCAGAAGUCGUCUGCUGGGCUGGAUUGCUGAAAACGAUUAUGCUCACGCCGGCACAUUUGCACAACCCGGAAGCCACAGGGUGGAUCGUGUUGGCCUGGAAAAUCGAAGGAACGCUGUACCUGGCGCACGUGAACCGUCCAGCAAAGCCCGUGGAACAGCCCGCGAUGAAAAAAUCUUCGGAAAAGGAUAACGAAGACACGGAGCGCUACUCAUUCUGGGGCCAGAAGUUCGAGCAGUGUCUCACUAAUUCGAACGAGGAAGCGAACUUCAGCGAUACAUUAGCAGAUAAGACCAGCUACAUCGCGGUCCGAUCGCGCCGAAUUAACGGCAUCAAAGUCCUGUUUGGAGCGGAGAUAGAUUGCCGGGAUCCGGACGGUUCCGGACGCUACGUUGAACUCAAAACAACAUCCGUCGACGCCAUAAGUACCCACCAAGGCAGGAGUAUGAACAAUGCCAAAAACAAUUACAAUCGCUUCAAGAUGCUGAGUUGGUGGGCUCAGUGUUACAUUGCUGCAGUCCCAAAAGUGCUUGUCGGCUACCGGACUGCUGACGGUUGUUGCGUUUCGACCGAUGAAUUCUACACUGAUGAUCUUCCCGCCAAGAGCAAGGCGGCAGGAGCUGAGUGGAACUGCCAAGAUGCUAUUAAUUUUCUGGGUGCCUUUCUGGAUAAGGUGAAAAAGACAACGAAAGAGGACUAUACAAAGAAUAUGUACACAUUUGAAUGGAGCCCCGGAACGUUAUUAGUCAAAAUCUACAGCAUCACAAAGAACCAAUCAAAGAAGAGCAGUUACUGUGAAACAGCAGCGUAAACUCCGGCUAUUGUCCUAAUUAUUUACUUUCCUAUAUUGACGGAUUAUCUAAUGCAGAAUCAGAUAUGUACUUUGAAAUUUUUGUGAUAAUUACAGAUAUGUGGCUGGUUUCAUCAUUGUUUGCUGCUUCCAGUAGUGCAGUUGCUUUUAGUUUUCUAUCGAAUUUCUUGUUUACGUUUAUCACGUUUUGUCAUAACUGUUAAACAUUUUAUUUGCAUUUAAUGGGCUACACAGCUGGGCAAAGCAAAAUGCAGUACAAAUAACUGUAUCGACCUAAUCUCCUGAUGAUAUCUGCAAUGUGCACAAUCGUCGAUCAGAUGCUCACUCAAAAACACUGCUUUAAAAAUGGGACGCUAAAACUGGAAUGGAGGAAAAAGAGGUUCGAUGCGAAGAUGCAAACAGAAGGGAUUGUUAGAAUGGGGAGUAUGGUGGAAUACGGCACGAGCGCAAAUGGGAUCCCUCUGGACCGUACAUUCUGCUUAGUAAUUUUUACACAUGUAUUUGUUGGUAACCGGUUAAAGUGACGUUUCAAGCUGCACCCUCCGUGUGAAAGUGGAUCGUGACAGGGAGCGGUUUUCAGAAUUCCAUACAAUGUACUAUUCCGCUUACGUAGAUAUUGCAGCCCUGCAUAAUUUCCAUAUCCGGUGAAGAGUUGUUU